CCGCGCGCGGCAGAGGAGCCAAGCGAGUGCGGCCCUCAGCACUGGGGGCUCCCGGAGCGUUGCGCUUCCGAGCCGCCCGCCUCCACAGGCCCCAGCCCUCGGCGUGCGGGAAAGUUGGGGCAGGGGUGAGGACCGCGCGGUCGGGGCGCCCCAGCCAGCCGGGUCGCUGGCGUCGGACUGUCCGUUCCACUUGUCCCUUGUCACCCUUGUCUCCUCCCCACAGGCCGGACUUCUGAAAGUCGAACGAGCUCCGGGUUUUGGAAAUGCUGGAGGGAGAAGCCCCUCGGAGAUGAGCGUGACCCCCUGGCUCGUGGUGGCCGCCUCUUACGCCAUGGCGCGGACCAGAGUGAGAAACCGGUGUCUGUCGCCGACUGCAAAGUGAACGAGAAGAAAGCAGCGGGCUGUCCCAGCCCUACAUGGAGCCCCGCGGAGACCUCGAGACGCCCCGCGGGGAACCUCCUGGCCCCGGGGGACGGGGGGCUGAGUACGAGGCCCUGGGCGAAGAAUCGGGGGAGCGGUGGAGCCCCGAGUUCCAUCUGCAAAGGAAAUUGGCGGAGAGCAGCCACAGUGAACAGCAAGAUCGAAACAGAGUUUCUGAAGAACUUAUCAUGGUUGUCCAAGAAAUGAAAAAAUACUUCCCCUCGGAGAGACGCAAUAAACCAAGCACUCUAGAUGCCCUCAACUAUGCUCUCCGCUGUGUCCACAGCGUGCAAGCAAACGGUGAGUUUUUCCAGAUUCUCAGUCAAAAUGGAGCACCUCAGGCAGAUGUGACCAUGUACAGUCUUGAGGAGCUGGCCACUAUUGCUUCAGAACACACUUCCAAAAACACAGAUACCUUUGUGGCAGUAUUUUCAUUUCUGUCUGGAAGGUUAGUGCACGUUUCUGAACAGGCUGCUUUGAUCCUGAAUCGUAAGAAAGAUGUCCUGGCGUCUUCUCACUUUGUUGACCUGCUUGCCCCUCAAGACGUGAGGGUAUUCUACGCGCACACUGCCAGAGCUCAGCUUCCCUUCUGGAACAACUGGACCCAAAGAGCUCCACGGUAUGAAUGUGCUCCAGUGAAACCUUUUUUCUGCAGGAUCCGUGGAGGUGAAGACAGAAAGCAAGAGAAGCGUCACUCCCCAUUCCGGAUCAUCCCCUAUCUGAUUUAUGUACAUCGCCCUGGCCAACCAGAAUCGGAAUCGGAACCGGAACCUUGCUGUCUCACUGUGGUUGAAAAGAUUCACUCUGGUUAUGAAGCUCCUCGAAUCCCAGUGAAUAAAAGAAUCUUUACCACAACACACACCCCAGGGUGUGUGUUUCUUGAAGUAGAUGAAAGAGCAGUGCCUUUGCUGGGUUACCUACCUCAGGACCUGAUCGGAACAUCGAUCCUAAGCUACCUGCACCCUGAAGAUCGUUCUCUGAUGGUUGCCAUACACCAAAAAGUCUUGAAGUAUGCAGGGCAUCCUCCCUUUGAACAUUCUCCCAUUCGAUUUUGUACUCAAAAUGGAGACUACAUCAUACUGGAUUCCAGCUGGUCCAGCUUUGUGAAUCCCUGGAGCCGGAAGGUUUCUUUCAUCAUUGGUCGGCAUAAAGUUCGAACGAGCCCACUAAAUGAGGAUGUUUUUGCUACCAAAAUUAAAAAGACGAACAAUAAUGACAAAGACGUAACAGAAUUACAAGAACAAAUUUACAAACUUCUCUUACAGCCAGUUCACGUGAGUGUGUCCAGCGGCUAUGGGAGCCUGGGGAGCAGCGGGUCGCAGGAGCAGCUUGUCAGCAUCGCCUCCUCCAGUGAGGCCAGCGGGCACUGCGUGGAGGAGACAAAGGCAGAGCAGAUGACCUUGCAGCAGGUCUAUGCCAGUGUCAACAAAAUUAAGAAUCUGGGUCAGCAGCUCUACAUCGAGUCAAUGACCAAAUCAUCAUUCAAGCCAGUGACGGGGACACGCACAGAACUGAAUGGUGGUGGUGAGUCAGCGAAUGAUGGUGGUGAAUAUAAAACCUUUACUUCCGUCCACCAAACACUGAAAAAUAAUAGUGUGUACACUGAGCCUUAUGAGGAUUUGAGGAACGAUGAGCACAGCCCAUCCUAUCAACAGAUCAACUGUAUCGACAGUGUCAUCAGAUACCUGAAGAGCUACAACAUUCCAGCUUUGAAAAGAAAGUGUAUCUCCUGUACAAAUACAACUUCUUCCUCCUCAGAAGAAGACAAACAGAACCACAAGGCAAAUGAUGUCCAAGCCUUACAAGUUUCUCUUACACCACCAGCUGGUUUGCAAAUCCCAACCAUACCUAAACCAGAAAUGCCAACAAAUGGACGGUCCAUAGACGCAGGAGGAGGAGCUCCACAGAUUCUGUCCACGGCGGUGCUGAGCUUGGGGUCGGGCAUAAGCCAGUGUGGUUACAGCAACACCAUUGUCCACGUCCCACCAGAGACAGCCAGGGAUGCUACCCUCGUCUGUGAGCCCUGGACUCUGAACAUGCAGCCAGCCCCUUUGACCUCAGAAGAAUUUAAACAUGUGGGGCUCACAGCAGCUGUUCUGUCAGCGCACACCCAGAAGGAAGAGCAGAAUUAUGUUGAUAAAUUCCGAGAAAAGAUCCUGUCAUCCCCCUACAGCUCCUAUCUUCAGCAAGAAAGCAGAAGCAAAGCUAAAUAUUCAUAUUUUCAAGGAGAUUAUACUUCCAAGCAGACGCAGUUGGCCGGCUGCAGGAAAGGGAAGCACAAACGGAAGAAGCUGCCGGAGCCGCCAGACAGCAGCAGCUCAAACGCCGGCUCUGGUCCCCACAGGGGAGCGCGUCAGAACGCACAGCCCUGCUGCCCCUCCACGGCCUCCUCUCCGCACACCUCGGGCCGGACCUUCCCACCUGCCGCCAUGGUGCCCAGCCAGGCCCCUUAUCUCGUCCCAGCUUUUCCCCUCCCAGCCGCGACCUGUCCCGGAAGAGAAUACGCAGCCCCCGGAACUGUACCGGAAGGCCUGCAUGGGCCGCCAUUGUCCAAGGACCUGCAACCUUACCCAGCUUUUCCUUCUCCUUACUUGGAUACUUUUAUGACCGUUUUCCUGCCUGACCCCCCUGUCUGCCCUCUGUUGUCGCCAUCGUUCUUUCUGUGUCCAUUCCUGGGGGCGACAGCCUCUUCUGGGAUAUCACCCUCGAUGUCGUCAGGAAUGACUCCAACCCUGGACCCACCCGCUUCAGUAACCAACCAAAGGAGAGAGGAGGAAAAGUGGGAGGCGCAAAGCGAGGGGCACCCAUUCAUUACUUCGAGGAGCAGCUCGCCCUUGCAGUUAAACUUACUUCAGGAAGAGAUGCCCAGACGCUCUGAAUCUCCAGAUCAGAUGAGAAGGAACACAUGCCCACAAGCUGAGUAUCAGUGUGUUGCAGGCAACAGUGGCAGUGAGAGCAGUCCUGCCACUACCGGUGCACUGUCCACGGGGUCACCUCCCAGGGAGAAUCCAUCCCAUCCUACUGCCAGCACACUGUCCAUGGGAUCACCUCCCAGCGGGACUCCAUCCCAUCCUACUGCCAGUGUUCUGUCCACGGGGUCACCUCCCAGCGAAUCUCCAUCCGGAACUGGUUCUGCAGCAUCAGGAAGCAGCGACAGCAGUAUACACUUUACUAGUAGUGUUUAUUCUAAAAUCUCCCAAAGUGGGCAGCAAUCUCAGGAUGUACAGAAAAAAGAAACAUUUCCUAAUGUCGCUGAAGAAUCCAUCUGGAGAAUGAUACGGCAGACACCUGAGUGUGUUCUCAUGACAUAUCAGGUACCUGAGAGGGUUAAAGAAGUUGUACUAAAAGAAGACCUAGAAAAGUUAGAAAGUAUGAGGCAGCAGCAGCCCCAGUUUUCUCAUGGGCAAAAGGAGGAGCUGGCCAAGAUGUAUAAUUGGAUUCAAAGCCAGACUGUCUCUCAAGAAAUCAACAUUCAAGCCUGUGUCACUUGCGAAAAUGAAGAUUCAGCUGAUGGUGCGGCCACAUCCUGCGGUCAGGCUCUGGCAGAAGACAGCAGCUGAGUGACUGUGAGGAUGAACCUUCAUACCCUUUCUUAAGACACGUUACACAUACAGACCUUUUUAAGUCCUGGACUUUUAAAUGACCAUGAAGUUAUCAUUGAAUGUUAAGAUUUUUUCUUCUUGAUUUUUUAGUACACAUAAUCUUUUUGAAGCAGACAUUGUAUACAAAAUCUUUCUUCUCUUUGUUCCUGAUACAUUAAAAUGGCCAGUUAGGCUCUUUUUGUAGUUGAAUUGUCUGCUAAAGAGAUUGGAUGGCCUCUAAAGAGGUAUGUGUAUCUUUAUUUCAGAUGUCACCCAGAGUAAAUUAUAAUUAGAAGUAGAGCUAGAAUGAGCCCCAAACCUUAGCCUAAUUUAUUUUGUUCUGUUAUGUAAGUCAUUUUCCCCUUAGAGUGCUUGAAGAAAUCCCACCUACAGAUUGUGUACUUUUCAUAAUGGUUUCCAUGUGUACUUUUCAUAAUGGUUUCCAUGAAUGCAGUACAUUCAUUUAGGCUUCAUUCAACCUGGCGUUCCCCUCCAUAAUUAAGAUAAAACAUUCCGGUUUUCUCACAACACAUUAGCACAUAUUGUCUAUUAGCAUAUCUGGGAUAACCAGGUUUUGGGGGUUGAGUUUUGGCCUUCAUCCUUGUAGAUCCCUUUCCUAUUGAUUUUCCCACCUUCCAGUGAAAUUCUGAAAGCCUUAUCUUAAAAAUCGAUCCGCUUACCAUGGGCCAAUUCUUGUGAGAGUUUCCAUUAGCAUUUGCAUGUGUGAUGUUGAAAGAGCUUCUUACUCAACCAGUGCUGUUGCCCUUUUCAGUGUUUUUGUUUUUAAAAUAAUGAUUGUGAAAAGUUUUACAAGUAAUGUAAAAGCUAGUAUCAUUCUUAUAUACUUUUGUGUUUAAAUGUUCAUUCUUACCAAAACUAACUGUUAACUCUUUCUUUCCAAUCAAUUUACACAAAAGAGGUCACUCUAGCCCUACCGCAGGUCUGAUUGGCACUGCCUUUUGUUUGCCCUUGAACAGGGGUAAGUGUCGCGGGGACUGCAAAGGAGAAAACAUCCAGGCAGCCCAGUUGUCCUCGCCCACGGGGCCCUGCAGGCCCCAUCAGUCACUGCCUUCUAUGGCGUUUGUAGUAGAGAAUCACCUCCUGAUAUCACUAAUAUGAGUAGGGAUUUCAGAAUUCUACAGUGAAUUCUACAGAAUUCACAGUGUCUUUUAAGAAGUGAGUGUGAUUGUUUACUUGGUAAAUCAACUCACUCUCUGGUGCUCUUUAGAGAAGUCCCUGCUUCCUUCUUAAACUUGGAAGGAUACAUGAAAUUCACACCCCUGCAGAUCAGAAAAACCAAAUAGAAGAAAGUGAAGGUUAUAGUAACCUUUUGUCUUUAUAUAACUUGCAACAAACUAACUUAUUUUUUUCUUCCUUUUUUGUUUUUGGUUUUUUUAUGGUUUUUUUUAGGAAAAUACUUCUUUCUUCUUUGAAGUUUUACAGGCUUUUGUAAAUGCAUCCUGAUAAUGAUUAGGAAAAUUGACCUUUUUAUCCAUGAUGACCAUCCCCGUAGCUCACAUUUCCUUUCGAAGUCGUGGUGUUCUGGAUGGUAGCUCCAUCCUAAGAUGUCAGAGCUAUUUUCAAAUGCUGCCUUUGACAGUUCUUGGAAUUUUCUAAUAUUAAGCAGUUCCAUGCAAAUAUUCCUGUUUUAUAAAUAGCUCUUAUAGUCUGCUCCACCUAGUUAAGUGAUUUCUGAAGCCUUUGUGUGUUGAUCAGGUUGUGUGAUAUUUUUGCUUGAUAAAGAAUCAAAUUUGAAACAAUUAACCAGCCAGUAGAUUGUCUGUCAGUGACCUUCUGUAGUAAUACAGUUUUUGCUAAUGUAAAUAAAAAUGGUAUCUGUAGCUCUCAGGAUCAUUGUGCAUUCAUAUAUGCUAAGCCUUAUGUUCUCCAAUAGAAGCCUUUCUUUUCCAUUGUUGCUGGAUAUUUGUAUUAUCCAAAUGUGCUUAUUUCUUUGCCUUAGUAGACAUUUUAUGGAGUACAUGUUAUACCAGGUUUGAUUUGAAACUGGUGCUUGUGGCAGAACUGUCAGAGCAUGAGGAGCGCUCCUCCUGAGGGUGGACGCGUUCACGCACUCACAGGUUGCGCCUGCUGCUGGCGGUGAGCAGGGGGUUCAGCAGCUUGACCGCCGCCCCCCGAGGGGGCUCUCCCCAGCUUAAACUUUGUUGUUCAGAUUUGUUAACUUUUUAUAUUAAUGACUGUUGAAAAUAGUAAUAAAAAUGUAUAUUAUAGGCUUUAAUGUUUACAUGAAUGUUACCCAAAAAGCUGUGUUUUCUUUGGUCAGAGGUCACGAUUUAUGAAAAACAAGAUGCUGUGUGAAUGGAAAUCAUUUUGCAAUUGAGUGAAACUUCAUUAUAAUUCACAGUGUAAAUUUAAUCCAAACUGAAAUUUUGUUUCAACUGAAUUUAUAAUUAACUCUGAAUUUGUUUGUAAUCAUUAAUAUUUCAAUUGGGUAUCUUUUUAAGUAAAAACAACAAAUAAACUCUGUGCAUGUAAAACG